CUCCGCUCUCUCUCUCUCUCUCUCCGCUUCCCCAAACAAUGAAUAAACCCUUGGCCUCUUCCCUUGUUGCUCAACCGUAACAACCUCAGCUCACCGGAGCCUGACCCGACCCGAGAGCCCAUAUUUGUUCUUUAUCUCGUUUCGAUAUAAAGUUCGCGUCUUUUUGGUUCGAUCUUAUUGGAGCUGAGAGAGAGAGAGAGAGAGCGAUGUACGUGGUGCCUCCGCCGCAGCGAUCGGAUCCGGGCGCCGGAUCCGCCUCCGGUGAUUCCCGGGUCUAUCAAACUUGGAAAGGCAGCAAUAUAUUCUUUCUCCAGGGGAGAUUUAUAUUUGGACCGGAUGUAAGAUCGUUGGGGCUGACCAUACUUCUAAUUGUUGCUCCGGUCACUAUUUUCUGCGUCUUUGUUGCCAGAAGGUUGAUGGACCAUUAUUCAGAUCACUUGGGAGAAUUGAUAAUGGCUGUCGCUGUUGUAUUCACAGUUUAUGAUUUAAUGCUUCUCCUGCUUACCUCUGGAAGAGAUCCUGGUAUAAUUCCCCGUAACACACACCCUCCAGAGCCAGAAGGCUUUGAUGGGAGUACAGAAAGUGGGGCUGGGCAAACUCCACAGUUACGCUUGCCUCGUAUCAAAGAAGUAGAGGUGAACGGUAUCCCCGUUAAGAUCAAAUACUGUGAUACUUGUAUGCUUUAUAGACCCCCUCGCUGCUCCCACUGUUCAAUAUGCAACAACUGUGUGGAACGAUUCGACCAUCACUGUCCCUGGGUUGGGCAGUGUAUCGGGCUGAGAAAUUACCGUUUCUUCUUCAUGUUUGUCUUCUCCACGACCCUUCUUUGUAUAUACGUGUUUGCAUUCUGCUGGGUAUAUGUUCGGAGGAUCAUGGGAAGCGAGGACACAACAAUUUGGAGAGCAAUGAUAAAAACUCCAGCGUCUAUUGUUCUGAUAGUGUACACUUUCAUAUCGAUGUGGUUUGUUGGCGGCCUUACUGCCUUCCAUUUAUAUCUCAUCAGUACAAAUCAGACUACAUACGAGAAUUUUCGAUAUCGAUAUGAUAGGCGAGCCAAUCCAUAUAACAAAGGAGUUGCUGACAAUUUCAAGGAGAUAUUUUGCACCAGUAUUCCUGAAUCUAAGAAUGACUUCAGGGAAAAGGUGCCAAGGGAACCUGUAUUACCUCCCCGACCAGGUGGUGGUGGUUUUAUGAGCCCAAAUAUGGGAAAAGCUGUGGACGACAUAGAAAUGGGAAGAAAAACGGUGUGGGGAGACAUGGGUGCUGGGGGUGAUCAUUUUGAAGGGCAACUUAACAACAAUGAACGCCAGAAUGUUAAGGAGGGGGAACUAGGGGAAGUUUCCCCAGACAUAAGGACUACAGUAGACGAGACUGUGGAUCGUGCUGGAAUACAUCCCAGGCGAUCCAGUUGGGGAAGGAAAAGUGGAAGUUGGGAGAUGUCACCAGAAGUUCUUGCUUUGGCAGCUAGAGUUGGGGAACCAAACCGCAUGGGUGGGAGUAGCAGCAGUGGCUUGACAAAUGAAAACCGACAGACAUAAUACUAAGCCUUUCAAAAUGUGACAAAUCAGCAGCAGACUUGUGAAAUGGAGAAUUUGAUCUCGCGGCAGCAUAGCAUACCGAAGAUUUAAGGUUGGUGCGCAGUCAUUUGAUUCCCACAUUAAUAUUAUGUUCAAUAUGGGGGAGCAGGGUCUUUGUAAGGGAGUGUUGGCUUGGGCAUAGUGUUGUUAGGAAGGAAUUGUGUGUUGUAUGAGUGAGCUUUCGUGUUUUUGUGUUGCAUUUGUGGGAUUAGUUAGUUCCUAAUUGUAUUGCAACUGUGGAGUUACUGUUAAUUGUUUCGAUUGCUAUAGUUCAAUUUGGAUUCGGCUGUCUUAAUGUAUUAAAACCAGUGGACAGGUUGCUGGA